CAUACUGAUAACCAGACUCUCCCCAACAGAUGAAAAGCAGCUGCUCAGUGUCAUCUUUUCCAGGAAGAGGCGGGCAGAAUCUGUUUGUGCAAUGAUUGCCGACAAAUUAAACUUACACGUCUGAAGGGGAAACUGUGCUUUCAAAGGACUGGCAACCCAGCAGCGCAGCAGGGAUGAGGAAGAGCCAUUAGUGAAGAAAAUUGAAACUUGCAAAAUACCACAGAAGUACAGGAGCCAAGAAGGAAUCAGUAACAACGGAGUGUAACGCAGAGAAUCCAGCAACGGAGAACCAGAAAUCAGGAAACUGAAAUACUACAGGGAAAUAAUCGACUUCAUAACAAGCAGACAUGGCCUCAGCCUGCAGCAUCCUUUAUGAAGAGCAGCUCCUGUGUUCAAUCUGUCUGGGUGCGUUCAAUGAGCCCGUCUCCACUCCAUGUGGACACAACUUCUGCAAGGGUUGCAUCACGCAGUACUGGAACAGUCAGAUCAAUGGACCUGCAAAAUGUCCCCUCUGUUUGAAAAAGUUGGGCAACAAACCGAAGCUCAGGGUCAACACAGAGUUCAGAGAUGUGGUGGAGCAUUUCAACCGCAUCAGAGAAAAAGAUGGACCUAAGAACAUCGCCCAACCAGGAGAGGUUCCCUGUGAUGUCUGCAACGAGCCAAAGCUCAAGGCCCACAAGACGUGCCUGGUGUGUUUGGCCUCGUACUGUGAGCCGCACCUGGAGUCCCACCAGAAGCUGAAGAAGCACAAACUGAUCGAUCCCGUGUCCAACCUGGAGGACAGGGUGUGCAAGAAGCACGACAAGAUGCUGGAGCUGUUCUGCCGCACAGACCAACACUUUGUUUGCGCCAUGUGUUUGAACGACGACCACGAGGCGCAUGAGGCGGUCACCCUGGAGCGCGCCUUCAAAGACAGGAGAGCCACGUUGGAGAGCGUGGCCUCAGAGAUGAAAAAGAUGGAGAAUGUUAAAUCAGCCAGUGUUAAAAAAAUCAAAGGCUUACUUCAGAAGAGCAGGAAAAUGUCAGUAAAUGAUAUUGGUCAGAUUGUACAAGUUUUAGCACCUCUGAUGGCUUCUCUGCAAAGAAAGCAGAAUGAGUUGGUUAAGGUAGUUGAACAGAAGCAGAAAGAAUCAGAGAAACAAGCUGAAGACCAGAUAACUCUGCUGGAGCAAGAACUUUCUGAUUUGAGAAGAAGAAGAUCUGAAAUUGAGCGUCUUAUAAAGUCAGAAGACUACCUCUACCUGCUGCAAAACUGCCCAUCCACACUAACACCUGAGACCCCUAAUCCGAUGGAUCCACUAACUGAGCAGCACAUCUAUGCUGGGUUAGUGAGACAGUCAGUAGCCCCGAUUAAAGAAAGAGUCAAUAAUGAGAUGGAGAUCCUGAUUCAAAAGAUCAGGUCGCCUAAUUGUUGUGAUCCACCUGAACAGUCAGAAGAAACUGAAGACAUGAGUGCAACAAACUCUCCUGAAGGUGUGUGGCGUCCACCGAAGGACGAGCUAAUGAUGAUUCAGCAAUGCAAUGAAGUCAAUGUGACUUUAAACUCCUACAGCGCCCACCCAUACCUCAUAGUGUCUGCAGAUGGGAAGGCUCUGAGCAUCAGAGAAAGUGAGCCAUUGUUUCCUGCUUUUGGCUGGAGAUUUGAACAUUACUGUGCUGUGUUGGCAAACGAAGGUUUUUCUUCAGGAAGAUUCUACUAUGAAGUUGAGGUCAACAGAAGUGAAUCCUGGGUCUUGGGAGUGGUCAAAGAGUCCAUUAACAGGGAUGAAAUGUUCCCACUCAUACCUGAGCAUGGAGUCUGGGUAUUUUUGGAGUCGCUCUGUCCAAACAAAAUAAUGAAAAUUGGUGUAUUUGUUGAUUAUGAGAAGGGAGAAGUCUCCUUCUAUGACACAAUGGCCAGGACUCUGAUACAGUCGUUCACAGAAUGUUGCUUUACUGAGACCAAAACAGGACCACAAUCUCUUCUUUACUCUGUUGUUGGACUUUCCACUGUUCACAGGCCAAAGCUUUACCCCUUUUUUUGUUUUUGUGGACAUUUAUCUGAUACUCUUGCCAUCACUCCUGUACAACGUACUUCCUAAAA